AUGAACGUCAAAGUUACGCCACGGCAAAGGGGCGUGUCUUCACGGAGAAGACCUCCAGGUUCCAGAUGUAACGCCAGGAGCGUCAAUUCAGGUUUUAAAUCUCCAGUGCAGAAGCCUAGUAUGGUGAAAUCUCCAGUGUGCCCUGAGGUAGAAGUCCAGGAGCUCAAGAAAACUCUUGAUCGGCUGGAUUCAGAGAUCGCCUUGUUGGAAAAGGAAGGAUUUGUUGUACAAGAGCUGGAUCGACACAUCGACCUGCUGCACGAAUACAAUGACAUCAAAGACAUCGGACAAACUCUGCUGGGCAAAUUAGCCGGCCUGCGUGGAGUGACCACACGAGACUUGUACAGUCACUUUGGCCUCGAGUUGGACGACUGACUGAGCUUCAUGAGAGGAGAUCGAGUAACGGCAUCUUACUACUGUUAGCGUUAUAUCUUUGUAUUUAUAGCAAAUACACCAGGUUGUUUUCUUCAUGCUGUUGUUGUGGUGGAUGAGAGAAAUUGAGACAUUUCAGUGAAAUUAACAUGCUUAAAGGAAUAGUUCCUUUAGCUAACAAUGAUAAUCUGCUGAAAAUGUAC